AUGCUUGUAGAGCUCUCCUUCGCAGACGACACCCAGGAGCAGCCACUGUAUUCGAUUAUUAUUGAUUCCCGGUCGAAUCGAGCCACUAUCCUUGAAAUACUGCCUGAAAACACCCAACCAGACCUUGCGAGUACCAUUAAGCCUGAAUAUGUGCUUGAUGUUAUGGAAGGCCGCAUCAACCCUCAGCAAGCAUUCAGGCUCUACGCUCGGCCUCCCUGCCCUGGUGCAUUUGCCAGUCGCUUCUCCGUACAGGGUCCUCCAGCACCAGUGGGAAGCAGCGAAGAGUUAGAUGCUGAGAGCCUGCCAAAGCUGUCCGAAGAUAUCCAGCAAAUCAAGAGUGAUCUUGAGAAAUGGGGCUACGCAUUCGUCGCCAACGCCCUCACAGCGGACGAAGUAAAAGUGAUCAAGACUGCACUAGAAGAACAAGCAGCGGGAGAAAAACAGGCCGGCAUAGCUCACAUGGCAAAUUCCCAUAAAUCUGCCGACGACGAGCCCGAUCAGCGCGUGUGGUAA